CAUGUGAUCAAUUGAUUGGGCUUAAUCCCGUUCAAGAUGGCUGCGAGCUUGCAGUCAAUGGUACAAUAUUGGAAAGAGUUUGAUUUACAGGAACUACAGAAGGAACUAGAUACAACAGCAACAGAACUAGCUAACAGACAAGACGAAAGUGACGCCUCACGCAAAAGAUUAGUAGAACAGAGUAGAGAAUUUAAGAAAAACACACCUGAGGAUGUCCGUAAAUUAGUUGCACCAUUGUUAAAAAGUUUCCAAGGAGAAGUUGAUUUUUUAUCCAAGAGAAGUAAAGCAGCAGAAGCAGCCUUCUUGUCCAUUUAUAAGAAACUCAUUGAUUUACCAGAUCCUGUUUCGGUGCUGGAGUAUGCUACAACGAUUCAAAAGAAAGCUCAGCGAGUGGUAGAUUUAGAAAUAGAAAACAAACAGUUACGUGAUACACUUGAUGAAUAUAACCAUGAAUUUGCUGAGGUGAAAAACCAAGAAGUGACAAUCAAACAGUUAAGAGACAAACUAAAAGAUUGUGAAGAAAAGAUAGAAGCAACUGCUGAGGCACGGACGAAAGAGAAGGAAAAGGAAUUACAAAGACUUUUUGCAGAUAAAGAGAGAUAUUUGCAAGAAACACAGUUAGCUGUUGCAAAAAAACUUGGAGAAGCAGAACAGCGUGUGACCACCCUUCAUGCAGCACUUGAAAAUGUCCAAUCUGAGUUGUUUGAGGUCAAGGCCAAGUAUGACGAGGCUACCACUGCCAAGUCUGAUGAAAUGGAGAUGGUGAUGUCUGAGCUUGAAAGAGCUAAUGAGAGAGCAGCUGGAUCAGAAAGACAAACAGAACAGUUAAGGCAACAGUUGGUGACAGUAAACCAGAGUCAGAGAGAGGGAGACACUACACAGAAAUCUGCAGACAUGGAAAAGGCAAUAGAUAUGUUACAGAGAUCUGGUUUGGAGGUAGAACUGGCAGCUAAGGAAAAAGAGAUUUCUCAACUUGUAGAUGAUGUGCAAAGAUUGCAAGCAUCCCUGAAUAAAAUGAGGGAGACGACUGCAUCACAGGUAGCUCAUUUAGAGGAGGAACUUACUGUGAAAAAUCAAGCCUUCAAAUAUCUGGAAGAAAAAAUCAAAACACAACAGGAUUAUGAAGAAAUUAAAAGAGAACUCAAUGUAGUAAAGUCAAUGGAGUUUGGUGGUAAUGGAGAGGAAGAUGCUAAAUCUAAAUCAUUAGAGACUCUAUUAUUAGAGAAGAACCGAGCAUUACAGUCAGAGAAUACCACAUUGAAGGUCUCCAACAGUGAAAUAUCAGGAGAUUCAUCGACUCCGGCACUUUCCGAAAACACGGAAGCCUUCGCGACCAUGCUUGGAGAAGAAAUAGCAGCUACAUAUCACAGUGAAGAGAGAGAGGAGCAAAAAUCUCCAGACAUAAGACCUUCAUCACCAGAAACCCCUCCCUCACCCGUCAGCAGUAAAGACACCUGUGAAGCGGAGUCAGAAGAGAAAACUUCUCCGAGACCACCAAUGGAAACACAGUCAAGUGUAUCAACCAACGAAGCUAUACAUAUGCCUCCAUUUCCAUCACCCUUUUAUCAAUUUGCCAAUAGCCAUUUUAUGGCAAACUUUAUGGGUAUGAACCUUGGUGCCAUCAAGGUGGACCCAAAUAAUUCUCAAGGAUUAGAUACGGUUCUUGUAGCAAAAACUGUGCGUGAACUUUUAAGUAUCCAUAAUAUAGGACAGAGACUUUUUGCUAAGCAUGUCCUAGGACUAUCUCAAGGAACUGUUAGUGAAUUAUUAUCAAAGCCAAAGUCGUGGGAUAAACUGACCGAAAAGGGGAGAGAAUCCUACAGGAAAAUGUACGCUUGGGCCACAGAUGAAAGGAAUAUUGUGGCGCUAAAAGCCAUAUCUCCUAAAAAAGUAAACAGGGCAGUCAGCAUACCAGGGGCGAAUAGUACUUAUCCUCCAAUCAGCAUACCAGGGGUGAAUAACUCCUAUCCUCCUGUCCUCUUCACAGGUUCCCAGCCACUGGUAUCCAGUGUACAGAGAGAAGAUGCUCACACUGAAGAAAGAAUUGCUCAAAUUCUGAACGAAGCACAACAGGCCAUGCAGAUUAAGAAAGCCAUGGAACAGGUACCAGUUUCGGCAUAUCAACACCAACAAGUUGCUCAUGCCAUGGUCAGCAGUAUAUAUAAACAAGAAAUGUCACGACUAGCCAUGAUGUCCGGUCAUCAUCAUCCUCUGGCAUCACCAACAGGUACACCUUACAGUCAAUCAGACUCCAAUCUCAGCCCUACUGGUCACAGGGACAGUGAAAAUAGCCUUAGAAAUAACAUUAAUGGUAAUGGCAGAGAUUCUAGAGAAAUGGUAGAGAGAAUUUAUCGCCAAGAGUUAAUGAAGUUAGCCCAGGCGGCAGAAAAUGCAGGAAAUAUGGCAGCAAGUUCAAUGUAUCAGAGAGAACUACAACAGAUGGCACGGAAAGUUCACAUCCAAGAACAGACAGAGCCUGGCGAGAUUAGACGAGCAAGAUCAUCUCCCGACAGGAAUUCGAUUAAAAUGGAACCACCAGACAGUACAGUAGAAGAUACAUUGAAUUUAUCCAUAAACAACAACAAUGGCCCAAUCGACUUGAGUAAGCAUGGCAGCUCAGCACCUACAACACCAACAUCGGGAGGUUCAGACAAAUCUCCUUCAACAGAAACUGCUCAUCCAUCUGGUAGUGCCUUUUUCAUCGUUCAGCCAAAGGUUAAUGGCCAUGCUAAUGGUUUUGAAAACAACCAGUUUGCCCCUUAUUCGGCCCCUGAGUGUGUAUCACCUUUACAAAGAAUGCAGAACAUUGCCAAUUCCUUAAUGUCAAGGCCACACAUGGGAAUGGCAGCUGCUAAACCACUCCGGGCAGUUCUGCCUGCUAUUACACAAGAACAGUUUGAUAGUUACGCCACCAUAAACACUGAUGACCUGGUCAAACAGGUCAAAGAAACAUUGAGUCAGUACUCAAUCAGCCAAAGAUUGUUUGGAGAAAGUGUACUGGGGCUCUCUCAGGGGAGCGUAAGUGAUCUGCUUGCUAGGCCAAAACCUUGGCACAUGCUCACACAAAAGGGGAGAGAACCCUUCAUUAGAAUGCAGAUAUUCUUGGAAGACACAGAAGCAAUUCCAAAACUUGUAGCAUCACAGUACCACAUUCCACCAGAAAAACUGAUGAGAAGUGCCUCAAUCCCAAAGCCAAAUGAAAUAGUUUCCCCUAGUGACAAGCCAACCAAUCAUGUUCCUGCAACCAGCUCCACCAUUCACCAAGCUCCCACAGAACACCGCCCUCUCAACCAACACAAUAUCCAUCUUCAUCACCAACAUCUACAUCCCGCCCACCCGUUUAUGAAUCAUCAUCCGUACAACUGGGCCUCAUUUUCAUAUCCAUCCUCCAUGUUGGAAGUGGUCGCCAUGACAUCAGAGAUUGACACACUUGAGUUGACAUCAAGAAUUAAAGAUGUGCUGCAGUUUCACAAUUUGGGUCAAAAGUUGUUUGGAGAAGCUGUUCUAGGGCUUUCACAAGGCUCAGUCAGUGAAUUGUUAUCAAAGCCAAAACCGUGGCACAUGCUUAGUAUAAAGGGGAGAGAACCCUUCAUAAAAAUGCACUUAUGGUUGAGUGACCCUCAUAAUGUAGACAGACUUAAACAUUACCAGAAUGAGGUCAAAGCUCAACGUCGUCGUAGAAGUAGUAUAGAUGAAAGGUCAUAUGAUUCAUCCUCCAUGCCAAAACGCCCUCGUGUAUUCUUCACAGAAGAACAGAAAGAUAAACUACGUCUAGCUUAUAACCAGGAUCCGUACCCAAAUCAGGGAACAAUAGAAUCAUUAGCUGCUGAGCUCAAUGUUGGUGUCAAAACUGUUAUAAACUGGUUCCAUAAUCACCGUAUGAGAGCUAAGCAACAACAGCAUAUUGGCAGUAUGCAGGUUGGAUCUAAUUUUGGAGAUGGGAAUUCCAGCAAUCCAAAUAUAAAGUCAGAACCCAAUGAUGAUAUUUCAAUGCAUAGUGAUAUUUCAAGCUUAUCUGAUGACACAAAUCACAUGUCAUCAAGUUUCCAUGGAAACCAGCCUAACAAUCAGUGGCUUUUUCCACAGUUUGAGCCAGCUGUCAUGCAGAAAAUUGCUCAGGAAAGGUCUCGUGAGCAACAAAAUGGAUGCUCAGAAGAAUCUGGUAGUCAAUCGUCAGAAAAAGAAGAAACCAAAGAAGCCCAAGAUGAUCUGGAAGAUGAGGAUGAGUCAUCCUACCCUGUUUUUAAUGAAAUUGAUGAGCAUUCAAAUGAUGAAGAUCAGAAUCCGAAUCAGAGUGAACCUUGUCAGAAUAUAUCACCUGGUGUAAACAAACGCAAAAGGUCAAAUCCAAAAUAUGUUUCUGAAGGGAGAGAACUAGACAAAACUAAAAAUAUGUAUGGUGGCAUGUUAAAAAGUUGUGUUUCCAAAGAUGAAGGUGUCGAAAUGGACGAUGAUGAUGUUGAAAAAGAAAACGAGUUGGGAAAUGUAGACCUAAACUACAAAGCUCAAAAUGGCCAGCAUUUAAACAAAAUUGUGAAACUUCAAAAGGCGAUAGAUUCACCUGUUCAGGACUGGGAUGAAUUUGACAAUGUUCCAAGUAUUGAAAAAUUAAAGAAGAAUCUACAACAUAGCCCACAGACUGGUACGUGGGAAUUUUAAGUGCACAUGUACUCGGAGAGUUAAUGUUUUGCCUUCUACAAAUGAUAUUAUUGUGAAAUUGUGACACAAAUUAUAAACACAAUCAUGGAAAACAGUAUUUUAUCCUGAAAGGGUAGCUUCUAUAUUUUUAUAUGAAAAAGUACAUUUUUUAUGUGUUUUUCCGUUUUUUGUCAAUCAUUGACAAUGUGAGAUACAUUUGUUAAAUUUGUGAAUUUUUAUGGCAUAUAUAUGUUAAAAACUUGUUGAUGUAUUUUUAUUGUGAAUUUUUCUCAUUGUUCAAUUUUAUAUAUUUGAUAUUCAUCAUUUUCAAAAGAUCAUUUGACAUCAGUUGCUUGGCAACAAAUUAGAGUAGAAACAUCAUCUCAACCAAAGAUCUCUAGUUGCCAUGGAAGAAUCAUUUGUUUUCAUUCACUUUGUUAUUUGCUUUGUUUAUGGAUAGAAUGGAUGAAAUCUUAGCUUUUUGUCAUAUUAGUUGCAUUUCAGUUUAUAUUGAUAUAGACAAUAAGAUGCAAAAAAAAUGGAUGCCUGUCCAAAGUACAGUCAUAUUUUAUUUGGAAAUAGCUAGAUGUUAACUUUGAAUGACCACCCACAAACUAUUGUAACUUUAACCUUGGCUAUCUGUGACCUUUGUUUACACAAUGUAAACAUGAGGUGUCCUUUGGCUUUUGAAGUGUGUGUGUUUAAAGAACAGAUCUCUACUGAGCAUGGAAGUUGCAGUUGCAAACAUUUAUUCUGGAACAGAAAACAAGUGUAAAUUGAACUGACAGUAAUUGUUAUGGUUCAUAGCUAGGUGUAUAUAGAAUUAUUAUAUGUACAAAAGUGCUUGCUUCUUUAUUAUAUAUUAUCAAGACACAUUACUCCAUAUUUUUAUAUACCUUUAUAUAUUCUGUUGAAUCAAAUAUUUCUAAUCCAAACAUUUUAAUCUUAAGUUUCUAGAGAUCUAAGGACAAAAUGUUUGAAGAAAUUAUCAUGAUUUUCAUGAUUAUAGUCAAGUUUUACUAGCAAGAUCGGAGCUUGCAUGUUGAAAAUCUAAAAUUCAAUGUCUGUUUUGUGAAUCUAGCAGAAACCACAGAAAGAUUAUUCUGAAUUAACUAGAAGGACUGAAUAAGAAAUAUAGAAAUGCUUUAGUGUCUACUGAAAUUCAAGUAUUCAACAGCCCAAAAAAUCUGUUAUUCCAAAUUGUUAUGAUAAAAGAGCACAUGUUAAAGCUUCAAAGAGAAUAUGUACAGGAAAGUAACUAUGUUUACAUUGUUAAAAUGGGGUGAUUUGGAAAUGAGAUGUGCUUUUAAGUUUUUGAAAUUUUUGCUCAUUUUAAUGUUUAUAAACAUAUGAGGCUCACAAAGGGUAAAUUUAAUUUUAAAAAAUAGCUUUAUGAGUUUAUCUAUUUAAAGAAAGUUAGAUUUAUUAGGUUGUAUUAAGAAGCUUUGUUAUGAAUGUUUUUAUUAUUUUUAUAAUCUAUACUACAUGUUUAUUUUGUUCUCGUACACAAUACCAAACAGCUAUGGUUACUGUGUUUGGAUUCGUUACUAUUUAUUGAUAAAGAAUUAAUAUAUUGCCAAAAUUUUUAAAAAAAAGUAUUAAAAUAUUCAGCAAACAUUGAAACAACUGUGUUAAGGUAAGGUGAAAAAGUUAACUCAUUUAUUGUCUGUCAAGGGUCUUGAGGAUUGGACUAAAUAGGUUAUUCCUCAGAAAAAUAAAUAAAAAUUUAAAAAACAUUUUUUUUAGUUGGGGACCAUUUAAUAUGUUUCCUAAGAAAGGUGAUGCCUGUUGACUGAACAUUUGAAUAAAAAUACCUCUUUUAUGAUUACAAAAGGGUUCUGAUUAGCUAAUUUCAUUCUAAAGUUUGGUUCAAAGUCUGAAAUAGAAACUUAAGCAUAUUUGAUGUUUUGAUUCUUGCAAAUUCAUUAAAUAACUCUUUAAGUUUGAUAGUAAAAUUAGGAAAAGCCAAGAUCAUUACUUUUUUUAAUAGUUAUUUUCCUUUCAAAAGGGGAUGUAACUCUUAAACUUAAUUAUUUCAUUCUUGACAUUCCCAGAAUUAUAAUUCAUCACAUUUUUCAACUUGAAUGUCAAAGACAGGAAGGUAUUAAUUGCAUUUAUAUCAUACUCUCCAAAUUAUUGAAAAUUGUUGGCAUUAUGAAAAAAUUAAAUAAAUAGAAAAACUGUGGUUCUUUCUCUUUAUAUAAAAUUUAAUUUAAAUGAAAUAAACUUUCAGAUUUUUAAUGUGGAAUUAAAAGGUUGUUUAAAAAGGUUUGGAAUUUUUUAUUUAUUAUAUUUUGCUGGUUAGUAAAGAUUGAUAAGAUAUAAAAAAGAAAAAGUAAUUAUUCUGCAACAGAAAUUAGUAUAUUAUAUACCAAAUCUCAUGUAAAGAAAUAUGCUCAAGGCUUUUGUAUUUUUAUUUUAUUUGUGUCAUAUUUUUUUUGGUUGUCGAUUUUAUUUCGGUUGUUGAUUACACUGCCAAGUAAUAAAUUUACGUAAAUUUAGUUAACUACAAAAAUCACCCUAAUCGCUAUUACUACUGUGUCCAACUGGAGUUUAAAAAUAGAUUGACUGACCGAUAAGAAUUUCUGAGAAAAUUUAAAAGAGCCAUAACAUGUAUAAGAAAUGUAUUAGGUCCUCCUGUACUUGAAAUUCUCUAUGGAGAUUUUGAAAAGUUUGUAGGAAUGAAAUUUACCACUGGUCUAACAGCAUUUAUGUUGUAUCAAAUUGAUUUUGAGGAUAAAAACACUCUUUAUUUAAGUAUGCAUGGAAAUGUAACAGAAUUUUAAAUUCACUAAAACAAGACUUUUAAUAGUUAGAAAUAUGUUUUGAUUUUAUAUGAAGGCUUCCUUUUUGCUCGAUGUGGCUAACCGAUUUGAAAUCUACAGGGGAUGUCCAUCCUGCUAGUCAAAUACAGGUUUGGAAUUUAUUGCAUUUAUCUGCCCAAUGAAAUUUUGAUGAAGAGUUCAGUGAUUAGAGUAUGUUGACUGUAUAUAGUCUACAUUAAGUUUUUUGAAAUGCAAUAUUUAAGCAAGAAAGGGUACAUCUUGAUGGCUUAUAAAAGAUAGAAGCAAAGGUUUUUAAACUCCAGGUGGACACGUAGACGAAUAAUUAAAACUUAAAUCUUGUAAAUAUGGCUUCUGUUAUAUAUCAUGCUAUUUAGAGUAUAGCUUUAGAAAACAAUUAUAUUUUAAGUAUUAUUAUAUUAUUUUGAUUGACACAAAUUGAUACAUGAUGUGUUCAGACUGUAUAUUAUAUCCAAUUGCUCCAUUACUUUAAAAUUGUAUAUUCUACAAAUUUUUGUUGAUUUCGCUUCAAUCACAUGUUUUAAGGGUGGAAUACUUUGUUCUAUUUUUUACAUUGGUUUAGGCUUUAGUAAUUUGAGCUUUUUGCAAUGGACGUUUUAAGCACUGAAAUGUUUUCAAAAUAAUAUGUAUUAGGAAACAAUCAGAAUUUCCAGACUUUCCUGACUUAAAAAUUCUGUUUUAAAUCAUGCAAAUCUAGAUAUUUAUGUAAUUGACAAGUAAACAGUAGCUCUAGACCCUGAUUUCUUUGGGCGUUGAAAUAACAAAAUACAUUUCUUUGAGUCGCGUCUGUUCAGGAAAUUUUCUGUUUUCAUGGAAUUUUUAUUAAAAUUGAUAAAGAAAAAUCCAAAACAAUUUUUAUGAUGUAUAGAAUUUAUUAACAUGUAUAAAGACUCUCAAAUAUAUCUACACUUGCCAAUCAGAAUGCACAGACCUUUCUUAUCAAAAACUUUCACAAUGCAGGAGGUAGGCGUUGAAGCAAAAGAGUCUGUCUGUGAAGAAACUUUCUUGUGAUUUAAAAACUCAAACGGUUACGAAUGCGUGUUAAAAUCAUAAUAUUGAUAAUAACAACAUGGCAAGGAAAAUCUUUGGGAUUCCAAUUACCGUUUAAAAAAAUAUGUAAAUUUGUUUAAAGUAAAAAGUCUGAUUUGUUGAUCUAGCCAUAUUAAAUCUUUAAUUUGAUGUUAAUCUUCUAUUUCCACCAUUUUUCAAUAGUCAUUUGACAUAGAAAUAUUUCACCAUUUGUUUUAACUUAGAGAUUCUUUGUUACAUAUUUUAGUUGGUGCUGUGCACUUUGAAUAAUUAACUUCUACAGACAAGAUGAAGGUUGUUAUCAGCUGAUUUUUCAGUUCUGGACAGGAUUGUUUUUUGCUUUAAUAAGCUGAGUUAUAUUUUUUGUUUUAGCUAUAGAAGCAUUUAAAGUGCCUAAAAUUGAUGAUUUUUGUUAAGUUUUGUUUAUUAUUAUUAUUUUUUUGUACAGAUUUUAUGUGCAAUAUUGAAUUAUUUUGUGUUCGUAGUUUUAACAGUAGAGACAUUUUUUUUGUUUAUUCAGUGCUAUAUACGAUGGAGAAAACAUAUUCAUUGCACCGAAAUCUUUAUAUGACACAAAAUUACAUAUAAGAAUAUGUUUUACUUCAUUUUAUUACCUGCAUCAUUGCAUUGUGAAAUAUUGAUUUAAAAUCAAUAACUUUAAAAAUACAAUAGCUAACAUUUUUUUUAAAUGAAAUUACCCUAAAUAAAUGGAUUGAUAUUCAGAAUUAUAUCUGCAAAAUUUGAUUCAAAAUCACUGUGCAAUACAGUUUAUUUGUGUUCAAUCAGUUUAAUUUCUCUAAUGCGUUACUUGUUUUCUCUAAUGACUGUUUUUUUUUGUGCAAUAAAUGGCAAUCUUUUUUUUUAAAUGGUAGUAAAAGUGAGGUAGAUUUAUUUCUUAAUUAAAUUGAGUAUGAAUUUUAUUUUAAAGUAAGAGCUUCAGAAUUUUUCAGAAAGUUAUAAAUUUAAUAUUAAAAUUUGAUUUAUAAAGAAAAAACACUUUUGUUUGAACUCCUUGUUUUGUUUAAUUAUUUGUAAAUCCUAAAAAUUGGACAAAAGCUUUAAAACAAAAUUUGAAAUCCAGCUUGUUGAUUGUAUAUAUUUUUGGACAAUCAUCUGAAUUGAUACUCCAAAAAUGAUAUUGGUUGUCAAAAUUAAUAAUCAAAACUGUAAUUUAGUAAAAACAUUGUUUUAGAUUAGGUUUAGUUUAGAAAAUAAAUCAGAUAUUUGCCUUAAAAUUAGAAAAAAAUGAUACAUCAGAUUGAAAUGAAAUCUUAAGCUUACAUUUUAUAAACAUAAAUAAAGUACACAUAAAUAAUUAUGAAUCAUAAAAAUCUUAUCGGAUAAAGGUGUUGAGAAAGAAAGUUCAACUAUAGUUUUCUUUUACUUUUGUCCAUAAAUUUAAAGCCAUAUCCUACCAUGGGAUUUUUUUUUAUAAACAAGUUCAAUUUGUAACCAGAAAAAGUUUCAUUAUUUCUAUAACCAGACAUUUUGCAAAAGUGAAACAGCAUAAUUUUGUUUUCAGCAUUUUCCUAUUAAUCCUUUACUGAUAAAAAUUAAGAUAUUCAAGGAAUAUUUUGUGUAUUUUCCCCAUUUCUGUUUAUAUCAGAUUGUUUAUUUAUGUCUACCUAACUGAAAAGCUGGCUUUAUAAGGUUGUUACAUGUAAUGUAAGGAUCUACUAAUACUAUACCGUGUGACUUUGUUAGCAGUAAUCAUUGUUACAAAAAUGUUCAUUUCGGUUGGAGAAAAGUGAAUUUAAAAUGCAAAUUAAUUGUAUAGGACUGUUAUUUCAUCUUCAUGUUUUAGGCAUUUUUGCUUUACAUUUCCAUGUAUGUAGAACAUCAACCAGUUAUAUAUUUGUAGCACAUCACAUUUAUGUUUAUGUGUUACAUAGAAAAAAGAUAUUCUUAUGUGGUGCAUCAAACAUAUAUAUAUUUGUGGAACAUCACAUAUUUAUGUUUAGGUGUUACACAUAAAAAAAUAAUAUUUAUGUGGUGCAUCGAACAUAUGUAUUUGUGUCGAACAUCAAUGUUAAAUGCAUUUAUAUAAUUGGAAAUGUUCAACUGUAUAAACUACUUUUCAACUUAGAGCAUUAAAUUGCUGUGAAGGACAUUAAACACCCUCAACCAACCUAUUGUAGAAAAUAAUUAGAUACUAUCUCAAGGUAGAUGGCAUCUGUUGACAUAUUUUGAUAAAAUAAAAUGGUUGCUGCACACAAAGACCACAUGACUGACUAUCAUAUGUGUUUUUUUCUGUGUCAAUACACAAAAUGAAAUAAAUCUGUAUAUUUGUUGAAUAUAUAAUAUACAUAUAUCUUAAAAAGUAUUUUUGCACAUAUAUGUGUUCAGUUGCACGAAAUCAACAUUUAAUCUCAUCAAAUCAUUUUAUAACAUAAAUCAUUCACGUCAGUUGUUAAUGCUACAAUUUUUUGUUAUGCAGUUGUAUUUUUGUAAUAUUUUAUUUUAACUAUUUUACAUAAUCAAGAUAUUUACUUUUUACUGCCUGAAUAUAUGCUGAUUUGUAUUGUGAAGAAAGAAGGGAGAUAACUUCUUUGAAUUCUUAUGAAUGUUUUGAAAAGGGAAGACAUGGAAAAAAAAUGAAUUGUAGGUUGUACAAACAAUAUCAAUUGACUAUUAGACUGAAAUAUUUGGUAAAGCUCUUUGUUGCUGCCAUUAGAAGAAUGUCAACAUAGAAAGACUCUACAGUUGAGUUAAUUGAUAUUCACCUAGAACAACCUUCCUUUAAGAGGUUUGGCAUUUAUAACCUCUUUUUUGGUACUGUGUAGCAAGGGAGGUAAUACAUAUGUUAAAAGGAGGGUAUUUCAUAUAUAGAAAAAUAAAUGAAAACAACAUCCUGUUCCCCUAAGUUGUUUGAUAUGAGAACUGAAACAAUUUCAUAAAUAUCUUACACUUAAAAGACAUUUGUAUGAUAUUAAAACAAUUCAUGAAGCAUUUGUAGGUGUGUAUAAUUGUAUGUGAGCAAUUGUAAGUAAAAUGCAUAUUAUUUUAACAGCUUUAACUUAUCUGCUUCAUUUCACAGAAAUGUUUUAUAAAACCACACUUAAUAAGAACUAAUAAAAUGUUCAUAUGACACAGAUUAUAUAUUCCAUAAUCACACAAAUGUUUAUUCUGAAUUAAAAAUAACAUUAUCAGAAAAGAAUUUACUUCAAACAGAUUGUAUUACAUCUAGUCUUUUUAACUAUAACAGUGCAUUUAUAUUUUUGUUCAGGUAAUAUAUAAUUGCAUUACUGUUGAUUAACAAUAUAGGUGCUUUAAUAUUGAAUAAAUCUUUCUAUAUAUA